UGCAGGGUUUCUGGCGCGGAUGGGAAAUCUGGGGGAGGAUUUGGUAACCAAGCUGAGAAGGGUUCUCCAGCAACACGAGGUAAAGCUCGAGCCAGCGGCUAGUUUCUACACGGAGCAGCAAUGGUCGCCUGAUUCCAACGAUCCAACGCUCUCCUAUCUGUCCAGAAUGCUCAUGGACGAAGACGACGAGGUUGAAUCUCUUCCUCCGCAGAGAUCUUACCAAGGUCUGCUGGACGAGCUCACGGCAAUCGUUUCCCCUUCUUCCUCGAGCAGGGAGAGUUCCAGGGAGAGCGACUCACCAGGCUCACCCAGCGACGCAGGUUUCGUCAGUGGCGUGAUCGACGAGUCCCCAAAUUCUCCGACUGUAGAUAUACAGUGGUGCUUGAUGGAGUGUGCUCGAGCCGUAGCAGCCAAGGACUUCGCGGCUUUCUACGCCCUGGCAAGCGAUCUCAGGCAAGUGGUCUGGUCACAGUCGACUCCGCUAGAGAGGCUUGCGAUGUUCUUCAUCGAAGCGCUGGUAGCCCGGGUGACAGGAACAGGGCCGCAGACAUACAGGGCUCUGGUGGCUGGAAUGACCACCAGGAGGAUUCUCUCGGGCAGCCGGAUCGCGUGCCUCCCUUCCUCGAGGAUCCACACCUUCGCCAACGAUGUGAUUCUCCGAGCUUGCGCUGGAGCGAGGAGAGUCCACAUCGUCGACUAUGGGAUCUUCUGCGGUCACCAGUGGCCGUCGUUAAUCAAGGCUUUGAGCGUCCGUCCGGAAGGUCCUCCACAUCUCAAGAUCACCGGGAUCGAUCUGCCAAUGGUUCCCGAGGCGACACAAGCGGGGCAGCGCCUGACCGAGUACGCGAGAUCACACGGUGUCCAGCUCGAGUUCUGCUCGAUCCAGUCCAACUCCUGGGAGACGGUCCAGCCGGUGACGCACUCGAACGAGUUCCUGGUCGUCAACUCCAACGGCAGGCUGCAAAACAUGAAGGACGAGUGGGUCGCCAUUAACAAUCCUCGCAAGCUUCUGUUCGAGAGGAUCAGCAAGAUGAGCCCCAAGCUGGUGGUGAUGACCGUGGGGAACUCGUCCAUGAGCUCGCCGUUCUUCCUCCCAAAGUUCGAGGCGGCGCUCGAGUAUUACACGGCGAAGAUGGAGUCCAUGGACGCGUGGUUGAGCGACGAUCUGGAGCAGCGGAGCUUGAUGGAGAAGACGUUCCAGAAGGUGAUCAUGAACGUGGUGGCGUGCGAUGGGUUGGAUCAAGUGGAGCGGCCGGAGAAGUACAAGACCUGGGACGUGAGGGCCAAGCGCGCUGGAUUCAAGCCAUUCCCGGUCGAGGACGAGGAUUACGAGAGGAUGAAGACUACGUGGGGAGGAUACAAGUAUAGCGAGCACUUUCGGUGUGGAAGGGAUGAGAAUUGGGUCCUGCUGGGGUGGAAGGACGUGAUCAUGUGUGCAAUUUCGGCCUGGCAAACCAAAGCUCGCUUCUAAUCGCAGGAUGAAAACAUGGAGAAAUCUCUCUUCCUCUUUUCUUUAAAGUUUUUGGUUUACUUAAGCAAAUGUGUGGUGGAUAUACUUUAAUAUAUUUGAAUAUUCUAAAAUAUUCUACCA